AACAAACCACAUUCAACGUUGAGGAGGCGACAUGACACGAACGCUUCAAGUAUAUCAACUAUUUUAAUGUUUUAAGCAAGCAAACAUGUUAAUUGUGCUUCCAUUCUGUUAAAUAAACCUUUCUGCAUUAUAUAUUAGAGAAGUGUUGUUUUGGCUGUUCAAGCAACCUCAAAUUUAACCGUGGAAAAGUCCAGUAAUUGCACAAAAGUAGCGUAACGCUAGCGUUAACCGUUUAAAAGUCAUGGAGAACGACAGUUCUCGAAAACAGAUGCCUGCACCUCGCAUCUUCGUGGAGAGAACUUUGGCUUUAAUCAAACCUGAUGCCGUCCACAAAACCGAUGAAAUUGAGGACAUUAUUCUUCAAUCUGGAUUUACGAUUCUUCAGAAAAGAAAGCUACAGCUGAGUCCAGAGCAAUGCAGUGAUUUCUAUGUUGAGCAUUAUGGGAAGCUGCAUUUUCCCCAUCUGACUGCCUUCAUGAGCUCCGGACCGGUUGUUGCUCUAGCACUGGCCCGACACCAGGCUAUUGCCACCUGGAAAGCCAUAAUGGGACCAGUCAGCAGCGUAAAGGCUAGAGAGACACAUCCUGACUGUCUGAGAGCGAAAUUCGGCACGUGUGACCUGCGGAAUGCUGUGCAUGGCAGUGAAUCCUUCUCUGCUGCUGAGAGGGAGAUCAGGUUCAUGUUUCCCAACUCUGUGAUUGAACCCAUUCCUAUGGGAGAUGCUGCCAAAGAUUACCUGAGCCGAUAUGUCAGCCCAACACUUCUCACUGGACUGACGGAGCUGAGCAAGAAAAAGCCAUUGGACCCUUUCACCUGGCUUGCAGACUGGUUGAUGAAUAAUAAUCCUAAUAAGCCCAAAAUAUCUGAUGGAACAGUAGUAGAGGAGGCAGCAGCAUGAAUAACUUAUUUAUUUAAAAAGAAGAAUUUAUCAACAAAAAGUUACUGUCUUGUUCUAUUUUGGUCAUUUUCCUCAUAUCAUUCAAACUGCUUUAUAAAAUGUUACAAUUUUGUUUUAGCCUUUUUAUUGUGCAGUCUAAAUGUGUUCAUUUAAAUGUAAGAUUAAAUGAUGAAUUUCCAGUGUCCUCUUGUCAUUGAUUACUACAACAGUAAAAAUAAAUAUUUAUUCAAAUAUUAUUAAUACAAUUCUUAUUUAACAUCAAAUGCAAUUGUGAAAUUGAAACCUAAAAUACGUUUCUUAUGGUGAUAAAUAAGUUUUGAAAUCGAAGAACUAAGUACAUUAAAAUGAUUCUCGAUAACAAAAUGAAGGUAAGAAUGAAAAUAAUAAAAUGGGCUAUUGCAAACCCAGCUAUAACCUCCUUCCUAUAGCUAUUUUGACUAGGCAGAAGAAAAAUCCAAAUACAAACGCCUGUUUAUUAAAUUAUCUGCUUUGUAGCUCCCUUCUAAUGAUACAUACUUUUCACAUUUAUUUAAAAGUAGUCAACAACGCGUUUACGAACCAAACAAGAACAAAGAGUUCUUCCCCCACUCGACA